GAAAGAGACGCCAAGAGAAGUCAGCUGACCGCUUUGGCUUCACGUGACGUCGCAGUGAACAUGGCUGCGCCCAGGCACAGGCCGCUUUGGUUCGCUCUCGCUUGCUGGGCUGUGUGGCUCCGCGCCGCCGUGUGCUUGGAGGGAGGCCAAGGCACUUGUGGCUGUAACAGCGCCAGCCGGGCGAGCGGCGAAGAAGCAGCCGCGAGAAAGUACUCCCUGGAGGCGAAUGUCGCCCACCAGCCAAGAGGCGGGCCGGAAAGCCCGCAAUCGAAAGAGGAGGGCAGGCAGAUGGCCUCUAUUCCAGCCGGAGUUUUCACGAUGGGAACUGAUGAGCCUGCUAUACAACAAGAUGGAGAGUCACCCGCCAGGAGAGUCCACAUUAACCAUUUCUUCAUGGAUCGCUAUGAAGUCAGCAAUGCAGAAUUUGAGAAGUUUGUGAAUGCCACUGGCUACCUCACAGAGGCAGAAAGAUUUGGAGAUUCCUUUGUAUUUGAAGGUGUGUUGAGUGAACAAGUGAAGACUGGAAUUCAUCAAGCUGUGGCCGUUGCUCCUUGGUGGCUGCCUGUUAAAGGAGCUAACUGGAAGCACCCUGAGGGUCCUGAUUCUAAUAUCUCAAAGAGGAUGGAUCAUCCAGUUCUUCAUGUUUCUUGGAAUGACGCUGUGGCAUUUUGCAGUUGGGCAGGAAAACGACUACCAACGGAGGCUGAAUGGGAAUAUAGCUGUCGAGGGGGCCUUGAGAAUAGACUUUUCCCCUGGGGAAACAAGCUUCACCCAAGUGGUCGGCACUAUGCUAAUAUCUGGCAGGGAGAAUUCCCUACAAGCAACACUGGGGAAGAUGGAUACCAGGGAACUGCACCCGUAACAUCAUUCCCUCCUAAUGGUUAUGGCUUGUACAACAUUGUGGGAAAUGCCUGGGAGUGGACCUCGGAUUGGUGGGGUGUUAGGCAUUCUGCAGAUGAAACAUACAAUCCGAAAGGACCCCUGACCGGGACUGACCGAGUGAAGAAAGGAGGAUCCUAUAUGUGCCACAAGUCCUACUGCUAUAGGUAUCGAUGCACAGCCCGAAGCCAAAACACCCCUGACAGCUCUGCUUCGAACCUGGGGUUCCGCUGCGCUGCUGACACUCUGCCUGACUACUUAAAGUGACAAAGGCUGGCUGGCAGCUGUAGAGGACUGAAAUAUCUCACCCGAGGCGAGAAGCGCUUAAGGAAGAGAAGGACCAUGGCUCAGUGAAGGAUGUCUUGCUUGGAAAGAUGAAAACUGAAAUGCUGAACUUUCUGCUUUAAUGAACCUUGGCGGGAGGGGGGAAACGGGCUGGAUUGGCAUCUGUGUUUCCGGAAACUUAGCACUGAUGUAUGGAGUAUUAACUUUGAUUGUUUUACGUCUGAGAACUGAGAAGAAUUACGGCCAUGAAUUGCGGGGGUUCUCUCUUAAUAAGGAAAAGUAAUGUUUAGAGGCAAUUGGCUUCAACUAGGAGAUGGAUUUACAAAAGCAGGAAGUGAAAUGCUGCUUUAUUUCUUUUAAUAAUUCAGUGUGUGGCUUCCCAGUGGCCCCCCCCCCCCAAUACCAGAUAUGGCCUCCAGUGGCCAACUUCCUGCAAUAUUGGAAUCAACUUUUGUUUAAAUAGCUUCAUGGAUUACAGUCCUAAAUAUGCAGGCAUCAGUGUAUACAGUUUUAAUUAGUUGCAAAUAUGUUUUCACAGAGUGUGUAGAAUCCUUAUAGGAGCUACAAAUGACCCAAAUUAGAAAAAUGUGCACAAACAAUGCAUUUAAUGUUUCCAGUUUAUCAUUGUUGCCAAAUCUAUGGCACUUUCACUAAGGAAUGAAACCUAUAUACAUUUAGUUAGGAGUAAUGUUGGCAUUUCUGGACCAAAUGUGAUUGUUGGUUGAA